AUGCCGCCGUCCGCCGCUUACUCCGCGACACAGCCCGAGUCGACUGCCGGACUGUAUGGCUGGCACCUGCCCACAAAAGUCGCCUUCGUGGCCGAGGCCAAACUUCUGCGAUGCAACCAGUUCUGCCCCUCCACAUACCCUUUCGCAGAUCCCCAAACCGAUCGCAGUGUGGCCGAGACCUGCGGCCACAACGAGGGCAGCCAAAGUCGACCGCACGGAGUCUUCGGCAAUUCUCUUACGCCGUCGUUCUCUUUCCCUUCCGCAGAAUGCCGCGGCGAGCUGUACCUUCAGCCUGCCAAGACAGAGGUGAGCACAUUCACCCGGGAGAACUUCUUCGUGACGUGUAUGGGUAGCUCCAGCACCGAUCAGCAGUCUCUGACAUGGAAGGGCCCGGACGGCAACCGCAUCACCGACCUCAGCGGACGAAUCCACAUUGAACCACCUCAACCCGGCAAAUCCGGCCUGAAUCUUGUCGUGGAAGAGGCCUGGGAGUCUGACAAGGGCACGUACACUUGCUCUGCGCCGGCGCAAGCCGAAGAGAUCUCCUUCAACCUUAUCGUCUACCGAGCGAUCACAUUCGAAGGCACGCCUCAGCUUCAGCAAGGCACCGAGGGCGAAGACUUCACGCUCCAGUGCAGCGCUCAAGCCGAGCAGAAGCCAGUCGUCUCCUGGACCAGGGACUCAAUGUCCAUCAUUAACAACAAGAAGUACAAGAUGGAAGGCCAGUCUCUACUCAUCCACAACCUGUCUCGACACGACGCCGGCAACUACACGUGCAGCGCAUACUUGGCCACCCCGCACCUCUCCUCAGUCAAGUCCAUGGUGGUGACUCUGCAAGUAAACUACCCAGCGGAGUGGAAGCAGCCCAUCCAGGAUGCUGCCUACUCCAGCGUCGGAGCCAUGGCCGUGCUGCACUGCGAGGCCGGAGGUGUGCCCGAGCCCAGCGUCAACUGGUUCCGCGACGACCAGCUCCUUGAGCCCGAUGAGCGACGACAGAUCGUCGGCGACACAGGGCGCAGUCUGAUACAGAUCAAGGUGACUGAUGUGGCUGACUUCGGCGAGUACAUGUGCCGAGCUCGCAACGACCUGAACGUACUGGAGCACGUCAUCACCCUUAAGGAAGGAGAGGCACCCAAGCCCCCCAGGGUGGCCGUGGUGGACUCCAAGCCGAGCACGCUGGUGCUAAAGAUCGAGCACCCGCGCGACGAGCCUCUCCAAGUGGUGGGAUUCCGCGUUGAGUACAAGACCGACAAGGACUCCAGUUGGGACAGUGCCGAGCAUCAGGAGUACGACACUGGGAACGGUAUGCAGUACGUACUGCGAAACCUGAACCACGACACCAGCUACGCCAUUCGCGUUUCGGCGCGCAAUGCGGCGGGCUACGGUGACUUCUCCGACGAGAUCUACCACCGGACCAAGGACCCGCAGCACUACACUCAGCACAACACGAACGCCGCCGUCGGCGUCGCCCAAAUCGCACCCGUCCUCGCCUCGUUGAACUGUUUGCUCUUGCUCAGGCUUUAAUGGGCAACUCAGAGAAAUUUUGGUUAACAUAGAAAAGGGGAGUCAAUGUUCACUCCCCAAUACCGGAACUUAUUUUUGCUGCCUCUGAAGGAACCUUAUCUAAGCGGGUGACUGACGUAGAGAGCUAUAAGAGAGUGAUCGCGACCUUCUGUUUCAACCUCAUUGAUCAUCACGAUAUUUUGACUGAAGAAUCCAAGCGAUUUGAGACGCCGAGUCUUCUAAUAGGUUUAACUGCAAACGACUUAACAUCGUAGAUAACGGUGGCGAUCAGUGUUACGACUACAAGGUUUUCAUUUGUGCAUGAUAUAGCAACGCUGGUAUGCUGAGCUGAGGUCUAGGCUCUCGCGGCAUCGUGAAUUGUGCGCGAUGUGGACUUUGGUGCUUGCUGAGUCGAAACAGUGUGUUGGGAUCUCUCGCACUGCUGAGUAAUCGGGAACACUAAUGGCGCUUUCGAGGUGUAGCUUAACGUGGGCACUCACAGCUGCUUCCAAAGUUGCCCGACGAAGCCCUACGCGUGGAUCGCGAGGGCACCUUAAUAACAACUCAGAUUGCCUGCCCUGCUUUUUCUUUUUUUGCUCUCUUCGGGAAAGUGCCAUAGGUGCGACUACUUAAGGUGUGUGCCUCAGCUUUGUAGGUCGUUAGAGAAUCGAGCUCACUGGAUGAUUUUAUUGCGGUCGCGCACUUAAGCUGACAUGCAGCGCUACCUAUCAGUCACCCGCUGCGAAAGAGGCAGGGAGGUUGGGUAAUGAAGAAAAAACUGCGAAUGUCCGUGACAUAUUUCUUAAAAUUUUGAAGUCAAGUUUGCUUUUACUUGUCAGUUUUUAUGUUCUUCUUAGAUCUUUAGCGUGAGAGAUUGACGGCUGCCUGUAUAGGACAUUGCACCAAGAGUAUUAUUGAACACUUGUAUGAAAGAAUUUACUUUUAUGAUUAUUAUUGUUUCAGUCAUCAGAUGAGAGACAUUUCUCACGUUACCAAGCGACGCACCAACGCUUCUUCGUUUUGAGAGAGUAGCGCCUAAUAUUUUGUUUCGCAUGCCGAGACCUGUUUCGCAUGCCAAGGAUAGCAACACUCAAGGAACGUAAGAUGGACGACCAAGAAAAACACUGCAUUUAGUUUACGUUUUGCUUUUCCACAGUGUUUGUAACCACACUUGUCAGUGCUGCGGAGCGCAGUGGGGCAGUGCAUCUUAAUUCAUUAUCUGUUAUUACAGUCAUCUGCUUGAACGAAUUUAACGUGUGUGUAUGUACGUGCAUAUGUGUGUGUGUUUCCGUAUGCAACAAAAAGUACUGUUGACCUGUUGACAGUCUUUUUUUUUUUUUGCCUUCUUCACUAAGACAAGCGUGCAUGACAGUGUAUACGCCAUAAAAAAAAACUGAUAUCUCAUCGAUGGUCGUCGAGAAACGUGUAACUCGUCUUAAAAGUUCAUUGUUCUUUAUGGCUUGUAACCAUGUAGAUGUUCUUCCAUAACACAGAUCUCUCUGUUGUGUACGUGGUUUUUUCACACAAGUACAGUUGUGCCCAGUGGUGUCUGGCGAAUGAGAGCUAUGAAACAGCUUCUAGAGUGUCACUGUGUGGAAUUUAGGUGUUAGGUGUCGUUCGUGACCUCUUUCAAGGAUGUGGAAGAAUUGGAAUAGUGAAUCUCCGCUUUUCACUGGCGUCAAAAGAAAUGCGCCCGUGUAUUCAGUGUUAUUUUUCCCCCCAGAAACCUUCCCCUCAUAUCAAACGAAACAUGCUUUUUGCCUCCUACAUGUAAAUGUCUUAAAAUGACUUUUUCAGAGCUUCGUUGGCGCGUGAUGACGGCAUUGGGCAUAAUGACGAUAUUGGUUACGUGUGACAAGCUCUUGUCCCAUGUGUAGCCUUUUGUAUCCUGUCUUUUCCUGCUCCAAACAAUAUCGUCACCUGUAAUUGUCUUAUUUAAUUUGACGCACUGUGCGCCGUUCUCGGGUGUCCUUAUACCAAGUAUACAAGGGAGAAAAAUAAACCUCCAUUCUCUUCUAAUUUUAGGUUUAGGAGUCGUUAAUGUAUGGUUAUUCUAGGGAUGGAUUGUCAUAAUCUCUCUGGGACAUUUGCCACUUGUUUGUGCCGACUAAAGAGCGCACUGUUGGAUAACGCUGAUGUAUUGCGGCCACGCACACACAUACGACACUGCCGCGCCUCCACAUGGGCGCACUAACGGUUGUUGCGAAGCCAGACGCAUCAGCACCCCGAUUACAGACGCGGUCUGUCGCUUGGCCUAGAGGUUUCUGACGCUGUACUGCUUGCUACGAUAAAUCUGUUUUUAGUGGCAAGAGCACCGAGCGAGACUACCAGACGUCUGCAGAAUUUUGAAGAUGUAGAACUGUCCAUAAAUGCCUGCAAAAUUACACACACGUGAAGAAAAAUGGGUGCUUUUUUUUUCGAGAGUCAGCGUGCACUGGAACAGCGGAGAGUAAAACUUCACUGCCGCCGCACUGGGUGCGGUUGAGCCACAGCAUGCGCGAGCGUUCAUUAUUGCUCGAACAACGGGCCUCACCGCACGACCCGAACCCACACAAUUGCCACAAUGCACGUGCGUUGUCUAAGAGCACCGUUCCUAUUAAUUUUCCGCAUUUAAAAUUUUUUCAAUUUUUACCAAGUCUCCAAAGAGUAAACCAAGCAACGAACGGUGCAGAACGCUAGUACUAGAUAUAUUCUCCUUUGAUGAACUUCUGCUCAAGCACUGCUUUAGGGAAUCUGUCACGCAGGGGCGCUCGUAGACGACUGGUGCGUGCCCACGAAGCGUGGAUUAUGUGGUGCCAUCCUUACGUUAGUGAGUCGGAUCGCCGAACUGCUUGUGAUGCAGGACCUCUUCGCGAGACGGUCGGGAUUAGAAUCCUCCGGUGGCUAGGUAUUCCUUAAUAGUAUACGUUGUUGGGCUAGUUGGUUCAUAAUCUUCAAAAUUGGCUAGCGCGAAAAUCGACAAGGACUAAGAAGGAACACUGAUGUACAGGGCAGGCGUUCCUUCUUAGGACAGGACAGUGUUCCUUCUUAGUCCUUGUCGAUUUUCGCGCUAGCCAAUUUUGAAGCUAGGUACUCCGUUGAGCCAGCCUUUCAUAGCGAACGUAACGUUUCCUGCAGUUAUAGGUGGCUUACUCUUCUGGGUAUAGGCGUUGAACAGCAUUGCUGUAACCUCCAGCGAGCCUGUCGGCAAAUAUGUCACUGAAGGCCGAUACACGAUGUACGGCACUGCUACAAAGAAUGUGCGAAGGACAAAAGGUUCUCGUCCUUGCGCAUAUAAUUCCUGCACCACUUGUUUGUUCACGUAGCACGUUACCAACAAGAAAAAGUGUUGGGGUCAUUGACCAAGUCGACAUUUCGUUGACAUACACGUCCCACAUUUUCACAAUGCAGCAGGUGCUGACUCGUCAUCUGCUUAGGUACGCAUCACGUGACGUAAGGAUCUGUAACCAUGCCCUAAGUUUAUUUCGGGUAGUAAGCAACUUUUGAUUCGGUCGCUGAUCAUGACUGUUUUUUUUAUGAUAAUCAAACUGUCGGUAAAUGUUGGAGCUUUGAUGCCCGGCUCAGAAACGUUCCCCGGCAUUCGCUCUUCUUCCGCGUUUGGAUGUUGACUAAAAUACUGGAACCACUAUCGCAACGGAUAAGGGUAGCUUUUAGUGGAUGCGACGUUACGUAUCAACAACCUUGCCUAUCUCCUUGUUGAAUGUGUACUCGCCGGUUCCACUAAAAUUGCAUGGCGCAAAUUGCUUUUAACUCUGAUGCCUUUAGAAAGAAAAAAUAGGGGGGGGGGGGGGGGGGGUCAGAAAACUCAAAAAUAGUAGCAAUCCGCCUGUCAUUUUCCUGUGCCUCCGAGAUCAGAAGACAUUUCGCCACUUUUCCGCUGGGGGAGGGCGCAUGCGCCGGGGCGUCGUGAACAAGGCGGAUGUCACAGCGAAGCGCGAUUUGCUAGGAAUACAUACGAACUAGUCCAGCUUACCACUCCUUUGCUAUGAAAUUUGUACCGUUAAGUAGGAGGUCGCUAAUUGAGGUGUCGUUCCGAAUGUAAAUCAAAAAGAAGCAGUUAACAUAGACUCGUUUUAUUACUUGUCCGCUGGGCCGAGCUUUUCUUAUGUUCUAUGUCACCGGAGGUGCGGGCGUGGGCGCUUUUGCGUGUAUACGUUGAGGGAAAAAACGUGUUGGAUGUAUAUGUGAUGGAUGCCGUGCGUUUCGAGGUUGUUGGAUGAUGCCUACUUGUUUGCGGGAAGCCGACGCGCCGAGCUGCUUUUCCAGCUGUUGGUCCGACGGUGUGUGACGCGAAUUGUGUGCUCUGCGAGAGUGUUGUCUCUCUCAUUCGUUUCUACGUGUUUCUUGUGAAAAGGCGGAGGCCGAGUGCUUUCUGGCGCUGUUUUACUAAGCGGCCAUGUUUGAAUGUGAACGGGGCUUAUAUAGGGGAAAUCAUACGGGGACGGCGAAAGCCGAGAACUGAUGUCUCUGGUGCAGAUAUUGAAGAAAUAAAAAAAAGGAAAAUAUAUUGUUAGUUGUUCUCGCUGUAAAAGCAUGAAGCCGUGCGAAACUGUUUUGUGUGUGUUUCUCAUACUUGUAUAGUGCUGAAAAAAAGGUUUGUAUACUAUACAUUGCGACUAAAAGAGUAUAUUAUAUAUACUAUAUGUUAUAACUUGGUGAACAUCCCUAAGUAUCCCUCGCCAACUGUUCUUACGUUUUAGUGGCCUCCUUUAUAUCGUGUUCCUAUUUUAAGGAACAUUGUUUUAUAGCUGUUCACUCAUUUCCUUAGCUAUUUUUCUGCCUGUAGAUGUUUCUCCUCUGUUUUACACGUGCAUAUAUCUCUUCAGGUGCCAAUUUGACCGUCUGUAUACAUUCCCUACACGAGCCGUUUGUUGCAUGCUUAAGUAUCUGCGACUUGUUUCUUAUCAACCUCUGCCCUUUGUGACCUUCCCUUUUUUUUCUUCUUUGCAUCACAGUAUUGUGCCUUCGUUCGAGCUUCUUCAACGAAGUCUUGUAGAAAUCCUGGCCACAAUUCUUUUUUUUUUUUCGCGGUGCGUAGCUGUUACUUUCGGAAUGAUGUAUACAUCUAUGUGUUAUGUAAAUAAACAUGUCUCUCAAA